GCUCCGGUCAGCAGCAUCCCCGGUGCUGCCUUCUGUCGCCGCCACACGGAUACUCCGUUCGGCUCUGUCGGGUCUCUGUCGCGGACGGAAACUAUGGCUGAUACGGGAGAAGCCGGAGAAGAUGAAAUCCAGUUCCUACGAACCGACGACGAGGUUGUCCUGCAGUGUUCUGCCACAGUCCACAAGGAGCAGCAGAAGCUGUGUCUGGCAGCGGAGGGCUUCGGAAACAGACUCUGCUUCCUCGAGUCAACAUCCAACUCUAAGAAUGUCCCUCCAGACCUGUCCAUCUGUACGUUUGUCCUGGAGCAGUCCCUCUCAGUCCGGGCCCUGCAGGAGAUGCUGGCCAACACAGAAGAGAAGGCAGAAGGGAAAUUCAUGAUGAAGACGGCCCAGGGAGGGGGCCACCGCACCUUACUGUACGGACACGCUGUUCUGCUACGACACUCCUACAGCGGCAUGUACCUCUGUUGCCUCGGUACCUCCCGAUCCUCAACCGACAAACUGGCGUUUGAUGUUGGACUGCAGGAAGACACAACAGGAGAAGCUUGUUGGUGGACCAUCCACCCUGCCUCCAAGCAGAGGUCAGAGGGAGAGAAGGUCCGAGUCGGGGAUGACCUCAUCCUAGUUAGCGUGUCAUCAGAACGAUACCUGCACCUGUCGUACCCUAACCCCUAACCCUCCUACAGCCUGCACGUGGACGCAGCCUUCCAGCAGACCCUCUGGAGCGUGGCUACUGUCUGCUCUGGCAGCGAGGCUAUGAGGGGGUUCAUGAUCGGCGGGGACGUGCUGAGGCUGCUCCAUGGUCACAUGGAUGAAUGUCUGACAGUGCCGUCGGGAGAACAUGGGGAGGAGCAGCGCAGGACGGUGCACUACGAGGGGGGAGCUGUGUCCAUCCACGCCCGUUCCCUCUGGAGGCUGGAGACCCUACGAGUGGCGUGGAGCGGCAGCCACACCCGCUGGGGUCAACCCUUCCGUCUCCGUCAUGUGACCACGGGGAAGUACCUCAGUAUCAUGGAGGAUAAGGGCCUGCUGCUGAUGGACAAGGAGAAGGCUGAUGUCAAGUCUACUGCCUUCUGUUUCCGGCCCUCCAAGGAAAAGCUGGACUUGGGGCCAAAGAAGGAGGUGGAUGGUAUGGGUGUUCCUGAUAUCAAGUAUGGGGACUCCGUGUGUUAUAUCCAACAUGUGGACACCUGUCUGUGGCUCACCUACCAGGCCAUGGACGCUAAGUGUGCACGAAUGGGCGGCGUGCAGAGGAAGGCCAUCAUGCACCACGAGGGUCACAUGGACGAUGGGUUGACCCUGUCCCGCUCACAACACGAGGAGUCCCGUACCGCACGGGUCAUACGCAGUACCGUCUUCCUGUUCAACCGAUUCAUCAGGGGUCUGGACACCCUCAGUAAAAAAGGAAAGACCUCGACCCUCGACCUGCCGAUCGAGUCGGUCAGUUUGAGUCUGCAGGAUCUGAUUGGCUACUUCCAGCCUCCUGACGAGCACCUGGAGCACGAGGACAAACAGAACCGCCUCCGAGCCCUAAAGAACCGACAGAACCUCUUCCAGGAAGAG